CCAUCUUUUCCUGCGACGCCAUGAGUCCUGAUGUAAUCUGAGUCCGGGUUUUGGGGGAACAGUCCACGAACAAGAUGGCUGUGCUGGGACAAGAAAAUCAUCUUUCUUCUUCCACCUAAUCUCUGAUUUUAACGCCAUCGGUUCUUCCGUGGAAAUGAUUUAACUUUUAACAAACUUUAAACGCAGUUUCAGGACAGAGGAAAUAGGAUUUCAAACGCGGUUUAACUCGGUUUGUUGUUUCUGAAGAAAGUUUUUCUGGAGGUUUUGGUGAAAACUGUUAACGUCGGCAACAAGGACCAGGACAGAGUCAAAUAUAUAAAUAUAUAAACACAGAGAAACGGUUUAUUUUGUUAUAUACCUGUAACUCUGUGGUUUAAAUGAGUUUAAUCUGAGGAGAAAUGUCUGAAACACUUCAGACGGUUUAAACAGAGAGAAAAAAAACGGAAGUUUUCCAGAUGAUCCAGAUCAGAUAAAACCUGGACCAUGAGUUCAUCCAGAGUCAGACCUCAGCAGGUCCCUCAGACCGGCAGGCUCCCCCACAGACUGGACUCCACCGAGGGCAUCGAGAUGGAGAACAUCCAGCACCAGGACCUGGGUCUCGGAGGAGUCGCGGGGACCCCGUCCCCCCCGUCAAGACAGGCCUGGAGCCGGGACAACCCGGGGUUCGAGCCCGAAGACGAGAUCAUGGAAGCCGACUGGCCUCCGGCGAGUCCCGGGAGGAGGUCUGUGUCCACGGCCUCCAGCAGCAGCUGCAGCAGCGGCCUGGGCAGCUACACCGGCCCGGGCAGCAGCACCCACAUCCCCCGAGGAGGACUGUACCCGACCCCGACCCUGGACCAGCAGCAGCAGGAGAGACCGGAGCAGCCGGGCUGUCUGAAGCAGAUCCUGCACAGGCUCAGAGUGCUGUGGGGCACAGAGCUGAUGGAGGACAGUGACAGCAGCAGAGAGAGAUAUCUGAGGAACGUCCUGAGAGAGAUGAUCACAUACAUCACCUUCCUCAUCACCAUCUGUAUCUUGACGUAUGGGAUGGUGAGUGCCAACAUGUAUUACUAUACCAGAGUCAUGUCUCAGCUCUUCCUGGACUCUCCUCUGUCUGCUGAGGACUCCUCCACCUUCAGACACCUCUCCACCAUGGAGGAUUUCUGGAAGUUCACAGAGGGGCCGUUCCUCAGUGGGAUGUACUGGGAGGUUUGGUACAAUAACAAGAGUCUGCCGGAGAACCAGAGUCUCAUCUACUACGAGAACCUGCUCCUCGGGGUGCCACGUCUCCGACAGGUCAGAGUCCGCAAUGAGUCCUGCUCCGUUCACGAAGACCUUAGAGAUGAGGUCCAGGACUGCUACGACAUGUACACCCCGGCAAACGAGGACACUGCCCCCUUCGGGCCCAGGAAUGGGACCGCGUGGGUCUACACCACAGAGAGUGAGAUGAACAGCAGCAGUUUCUGGGGUCAGGUCUCUAAGUAUGGAGGAGGAGGAUACUACCAGGACCUGUCCCGAACCAGAGAGGAGUCAGCGAUCCAGCUGCAGGUUCUCAAAGACCACCUGUGGCUAGACAGGGGCACCAGGGCCGUCUUCCUGGACUUCUCUGUCUACAAUGGAAACAUCAACCUGUUCUGCAUCGCCAGGUUGUUGGUGGAGUUCCCUGCCACGGGCGGGGUCGUGACCUCCUGGCAGUUCCAGACCGUUCGUCUGGUGCGAUACGUGUCGAGCUGGGACUGCUUCGUCGGCAUGUGUGAGGUGGCAUUCUGCCUGUUCGUCCUGUACUACGUGGUGGAGGAGGUUCUGGAGAUCCGGAUCCACCGUCUGCAUUACUUCAAGAGCCUGUGGAACUGCCUGGAUGUUCUCAUCCUGGUGCUGUGUGUUGUUGCGAUCAUCAUGAACAUAACCAGAACAGCCAUGGUUGGAAAUCUCCUUAAAGGCCUGUUGGAGAACCACACGGCUCACCCGAGCUUCGAGCCCCUGUCAGACCUGCAGGUCCAGUUCAACAAUGUGGCUGCAGUCAUUGUCUUCUUCUCCUGGGUCAAGCUCUUUAAGUUCAUCAACUUCAAUAAGACCAUGAGUCAGCUGUCCAGCACCAUGUCCCGCUGUGCCAAAGACCUGGUGGGGUUCACCAUCAUGUUCUUCAUCAUCUUCCUGGCGUAUGCUCAGCUGGCCUACCUGGUGUUUGGAACCCAAGUCAACGACUUCAGCACUUUCCAGGCCAGCAUUUUCACUCAGUUCAGGAUCAUCCUCGGGGACUUUGAGUUCUCUGAGAUUGAGGAGGCGACCCGGUGCUUCGGACCGAUCUACUUCACCACCUUUGUCUUCUUUAUUUUCUUCAUCCUCAUGAACAUGUUCCUGGCGAUCAUCAAUGACACGUACUCUGAGGUGAAGGCUGACAUGUCCCAGCAGAGGUCUGACAUGGAGAUGACCGACCUCAUUAAGAAAGGUUGUAACAAAGCUCUGAUGAAGCUGAGACUGAAGAAGACGGCGGUGGACGACAUCUCCGACAGUUUACGUCAGGCCGGAGGCAAACUGAACUUUGAUGAACUCCGUCAGGAUCUCAAAGGAAAGGGCCACACAGACGCUGAGAUUCAGGCCAUCUUUGCCAAGUACGAUCAGGAUGGAGACCAGGAGCUGACGGAGCACGAACACCAGCAGAUGAGAGACGACCUGGAGAAAGAGAGAGAGGACUUGGAUCUGGAACGUAAUUCGCUGACUCGACCCAGCAGUGGGCGGAGCUUCCCUCGUACGCAGGACGACUCGGAGGAGGACGACGAUGAGGACAGCGGCCACAGCUCCCGUCGCCGUGGCAGCAGCUCAGGAGGCGUCUCCUAUGAGGAGUUUCAAGUGCUGGUGAGGCGUGUGGACCGGAUGGAGCACUCCAUCGGCAGCAUCGUGUCCAAGAUCGACGCUGUGAUCGUGAAGCUGGAGGCCAUGGAGAGAGUGAAACUGAAGAGGAGAGACGUGGUGGGCCGGCUGCUCGAUGGAGUCAUGGAGGACGAGCGUCUGGGCCGGGACACAGACGUCCACAGGGAGCAGAUGGAGCGGCUCGUGAGGGAGGAGAUGGAGCGCUGGGAGUCCGACGACAUGGUCUCUCAGGUCAGCCACCCUCAGCCGCCCACUCCCGUUGGCCCCCGCCCUCGCCCGCCCUCCUCCCUGUCUGCCGACGGCCUGGACGCCGGCACCAACGGGAGCGGCCACGUGUGAAGAACAUCCUUCAGAGGUACAAGUCACUUCAGACAUGGAGCAGAGUCAUGAUUGAAGCUGUUUAAAUUCUUUGUUACAGAGACAAACCUCAGAUAAUUAAUGCACUGACAGUGAGUGAGGUUCAUCUGAAGGAUUCUGUAAUAUUUCUGUAACAGGAUGAUCAAACAGAGGCUGCAGAGUAAAGAAGGAUUCACAGUAAUAAAUCACAGUAUUAAACUCAGUAUAAUAAACCAGCUGCAGUCUUGAUUUUAGUUUCACCUGCUUCUUCUUUGUCUCGCACACGUAAACAUUUCAACACCACAAAGCUUCUCUCUGAAUGUUUAUUUUAACAGUAGAUCAAACUGUGGCUCAUUCUGUCAUAUUUACUCCUCUGUUCAUCAGUUAUUAAGCUUCUAAUUAAAUAGCUUAUUAUCACUUUAUGAUACAUAUUGUAACUUGAAACAAACUUCGAUUUGGAGUGCAUCUAGUGUUCAUGGGAAACCCAUGCAUUUAUUUUUUAUUUUUUCCUUGUGCCUUAAUUUUUUCUUUUUUUCUUUUCUUUUUUUUUUUUUUUACAAUCCAUGUUUUUUAAAUCUGUUAUGCCAAAUAAAGUUAUUAAAAUUAAAAA